AGUGUAUGCUUGCACAUAAGAUAGCACUGCCUUUUAUGCUCUGGAAGACUGAAAGGCUAUUUGUGCCCAUGUAUUUUUUUUCCUGAUAUAUGUUUGGAUGGGUCUUGCUGCCGUCUCUUUUGCUGACUGAUAAUAUAAACGUAUUUUUGAAAGCUUGUGAACAGAUUGGAUUGAAAGAAGCCCAGCUUUUCCAUCCUGGGGAUCUACAGGAUUUAUCUAAUCGAGUCACUGUCAAACAAGAAGAGACUGAUAGAAGAUUGAAAAAUGUUUUGAUAACAUUGUACUGGCUGGGAAGAAAAACACAAAAUAACCCCUACUACAGUGGUCCCUAUCUUAAUUUGAAAGCAUUCGAGAAGCUUUUAGGACAAGCUCUGACUAAGGCACUUGAAGACUCCAGCUGCCUGAAAAGAAGUGGCCGGGACAGUGGCUACGGUGAUAUCUGGUGUUCUGACCGAGGAGAAUUUCCUGCUCCUCCAGGCAGCCAGAAGAGGGAAGAUUCCUUUGAAAGCUUAGACUCUUUGGGGUCCAGAUCAUUGACCAGCUGCUCCUCAGAUAUCACAUUGAGAGGAGGACGUGAAGGUUGCGAAAGUGACACAGAUUUGGAAUUUACAUUCAAAAUGCAGGAUUUUAACAAAGAUGAUAUGUCCUAUCGAAGGAUUUCAGCUAUUGAACCAAAAUCUGCUUUACCAUUCAAUCGUUUUUUACCCAACAAAAGUAGACAGCCAUCCUAUGUGCCAGCACCGUUGAGGAAGAAAAAGCCAGACAAGAAUGAGGAUAACAGAAGAAGCUGGGCAAGCCCCGUCUACACAGAGGCAGAUGGGACAUUUUCAAGUGGACGUGAAAAGAAUCCUUUAUUUCCCCAUCAAAUUAGCAGAGCAGAGUGUGAUUUUUCAUAUCCAGCUUCCUGUAAGGAGGUGUGUGGUUCYGAAAGUGGUUCAGAUACUGAGGAUGAACGAAGGUUGCCCGACGUGAUUUUGGAUGACUUAGCCAACCGCAGAUUCCAAGUGAAAAAGAGGCCCCUGAGUUUCAUUUCGAAAACCACCUCUCUCCACUCUGUUCCGCAUAUAUUUUCUCCUGAUACAUUAGCCUAUGGGCUACACACACUGACAAGUAACCAGAGGAGAAGUGGGAGCACCAAUGCAGAGAAUUGGGCAGCAGGCCGAGAACCUUCAAAGUCCUCUCAUUACUUGGAAGAGGAAGAAGAAAAACCAACACGGUUACCCAACAUUGUCAAGGAUGAUCUGUAUGUGCGAAAGCUAAGUCCAGUCAUGCCAAAUCCAGGGAAUUCUUUUGAUCAGUUUCUUCCCAAAUGUUGGAUUCCAGAAGAUGUGAACUGGAAAAGAAUAAAAAGGGAAACCUCUAAACCAUGGUAUAAAGAAUUUCAGGGAUUCAGAAGGAAUUCAGACUCUGAGGAUGAGGACUCGGGUUCAACCAUUUUUAGUAGAAUACAGAGAGAACAGUGUAGGCUAGAUGGCAACUACCAGAGAUCUUCACUCUUGCUGGAACUAGCUACUCAACAGGCCAUAAAAUCACUGGACAUGCACACAGCGAGGAAAAGCAGUGGAGUCUCAGAGGAGCCCAGUCAGUUUUUAUUACUUCAGGCCCUCCAAACAUACUCUGAUGACAUCUUGUCUUCUGAAACAAAUAUCAAAAUUGAUCCCACUUCUGGCCCAAGGCUCAUAACCCGCAGAAAGAAUCUCUCUCAUGCACCAGGCUAUAGGGGAGAUGACUUUGAGAUGCCAACUCUGGAUCCCGACUUAGAAAAUGAUGAUUUCUUUGUGAGAAAGACUGGAGCUUUCCAUGCGAAUCCAUAUGUUCUCCGAGCUUUUGAAGACUUUGGAAGGUUCUCUGAGCAAGAUGAUUCUGUGGAGCGAGAUAUAAUUUUGCAGUGUAGAGAAGGUGAACUUGUACUUCCAGAUUUAGAAAAAGAUGACAUGGUUGUUCGCCGAAUUCCAGCACAGAAGAAAGAAGUGCCUCUGUCUGGGGCCCCAGAUAGAUACCAGCCAGUCCCUUUUCCUGAACCCUGGACUCUGCCUCCAGAAAUUCAAGCAAAAUUUCUCUGUGUACUUGAAAGGACGUGCCCAUCAAAAGAAAAAAGUAGUAGCUGUAGAAUAUUAGUUCCUUCAUAUCGGCAGAAGAAAGACGACAUGUUGAUUCGGAAGAUCCAGUCUUGGAAACUGGGAACUACAGUGCCUCCCAUAAGUUUUACCCAUGGCCCCUGCAGUGAGGCUGACCUACAGAAGUGGGAGGCCAUCCGGGAGGCUAGCCGACUUAGGCACAAGAAACGACUGAUGGUUGAGAGACUCUUUCAAAAGAUUUAUGGUGAGAAUGGGAGUAAGUCCAUGAGUGACGUCAGCGCAGAGGAUGUUCAGAACUUGCGUCAAUUGCGUUAUGAGGAGAUGCAGAAAAUAAAAUCACAAUUAAAAGAACAAGAUCAGAAAUGGCAGGAUGACCUUGCAAGAUGGAAAGAUCGUCGGAAAAGUUACACUUCAGAUCUACAGAAGAAAAARGAAGAGAGGGAAGAAAUUGAAAAGCAAGCACUUGAGAAGUCUGAGAGAAGCUCCAAGACGUUUAAGGAAAUGCUGCAGGACAGGGAAUCUCGAAAUCAAAAGUCUACAAUUACAUCUAGGAGGAUGUAUUCCUCCGACGAUGUUUUGAGUGAUGAAGAGCUACCUGCUACGCUGACUCAGUCCGAAGCCAGUUACCAGAGCGAGAGAGUGGAAGAGGAGGGAACACAUCCUCCUGAGACUCCUAAAGAAGAGCCUAUAACUUUUAUGGAAAGACAGGACAGUGUAGCAUCUGAAGUUCAGUUUCCUUCUAUAAGCUCUGCAGAACACCCAGCCUCUUUGUCUUCUCAGCGUUCCCUGAGUAUGCAAAUAGAGUCAACUCGAGUUUCAUCUUCUCUCCCUAGAAGUUACCAGAAAACUGAUACAGCCAGGUUAACAUCUGUGGUCACACCGAGACCUUUUGGCACACAGUCAAGGGGAAUCUCAUCACUCCCUAGAUCCUUCACGAUGGAUGAUGGCUGGAAGUAUAAUGGAGAUGUGGAAGGUAGUAAGAGAAUCCAAAAUAAUUCAUUCAACACACCUGCCCAGAAGCCUGACAAUAGCCAGUUGGUCUCAAGCUCAUCCAGCAAGAGCGAGGCAGCUGCAGGAGAAGGUGUGGUGAGGUUGCCCUCUCCCACACAGACCUUCUCAUCUUUCUCCCAAGACCAUACUGCCACUUCUAAAGCCACAUUGUCUUCAAUGUCAGGCCCAAACUCAGUGUCUGAGUCGGGAGAAGGAAGAAAUUCACCACAAAGAGAGGUCUCCAGGUCCCAGGAUCAGUUCAGUGAUAUGAGAAUCAGCAUAAACCAGAUGCCUGGGAACAGCCUUGACUUUGGGUUUACAAUAAAAUGGGAUCUUUCCAGGAUCUUUGUGGCAUCAGUUGAGGAAGGUAGCCCAGCAGAAUUUUCUCAGCUACAGGUAGAUGAUGAGAUUAUUGCUGUUAACAACAUCAAGUUUACAUAUAAGGAUACAAAAGAGUGGGAGGAAACCAUGGCUCGUGCUAGAGAAACUGGAAACCUAGUGAUGGAUGUCAGGCGCCAUGGGAAGUCUGAUUGGGGCAAAGACCAGCCUUCCCUGCCAUUUAUACGGCAUAAAACCCUCAAUCUCACCAGUAUGGCUACCAAAAUUAUAGGUUCACCCGAAACAAAGUGGAUUGAUACAACUUCUGGAAUUUACAAUUCAGACAAGUCUUCAGAUCUAUCAGUAACAACUGAUUUCUCCGAAAGCCUUCAGAGCCCUACUUACACUGAAUCCAAAGAAAUCAAUGGAAUUCAUGAUGAAAGCAACACUAUUGAAUCAAAAGCAUCUGAACCCAUUUCUUUGAAAAACUUAAAAAGACGAUCACAAUUUUUUGAACAAGGCUCAUCAGGCUUUUCUUACAGUUCAUGGGUCUACCUCUGUGGAAGCUCUGACUCUGUGGUUCCUGAUCUUCCAGUUCCAACCCUCAGUGCCCCCAGUCGCUGGGCAUGGGAUCAAGAGGAGGAGCGAAAGCGGCAGGAGAGGUGGCAGAAGGAGCAGGACCGACUACUUCAGGAAAAAUAUCAACGUGAGCAAGAGAAACUGAGGGAAGAGUGGCAAAGGGCUAAGCAGGAGGCUGAGAGAGAGAAUUCCAAGUACUUAGAUGAGGAACUGAUGGUCCUAAACUCAAACAGCAUUUCUCUGACCACACGGGAACCCGCCAUUGCCACUUGGGAGGCCACCUGGAGUGAAGGGUCCAAGUCUUCUGACAGGGAAGGAACUCGAGCAGGAGAGGAGGAGAGGAGACAGCAGGAAGAGGAUGUUGUUCAUGAGGACCAAAGACAGAAGCUGCAGGAACAACUCAUUCUUGAGAGAGAGGGGAAACUGAAGGAGCAACAAGCUCAGGAAGAACAGGAGAAGAAACGGCGGGAGGCUGAGGCUGAGGCGCAGAAGCACUGUGCAGAAGAGCAGAAGCGCCAGGCAGAGAUAGAGAGGGAAACUUCGGUCAAAAUAUACCAGUACAGGAGGCCAGUUGAUUCUUAUGAUAUACCAAACAAAGAGGAAGAAUCUUCAGGUUUUCUUCCUAGUGACAGGAAUAAAUCCAGAUCUACUACUGAAUUAAAUGAUUACUACACAAAUAAAAAUGGAAGCAACAAAUACUUGGACCGAAUUGGGGGUACAGGCUUUUCACAGAGAAGCUCCAAGAAAGAUUCAGCCCCCUCAGAAGCAGAGCUGGAGAGACAACAGAUUCUCCAGGAAAUGAGAAAGAGAACAUCCCUUCACCAUGACAAUAGCUGGAUCCGACAGCGUAGUUCCAGCAUAAAUAAAGAGCCCAUCUGUCUGCCUGGGGUCAUGAGAAGAGGUGAGUCUCUAGAUAACCUGGACUCCUCGCGAUCUGCUUCUUGGCGACAGUCCCCUUGGCUUGGUCAGCCUGCAGGCGUCUAUGCUUCUUCCUCUGUUCAAGACUUCAGUCGCCCACCACCUCAGCUGUUGUCCACAUCCAACCGUGCCUACAUGCGGAACCCAUCCUCCAGUGUGCUGCCUCCUUCCGCUGGCCCUGGGAAGGCCACCACAGGUGGAGUCACCAACCAGACUCCUACCCCUCGCAGCCACUCCCCUUCCACUCCACAGCCACAGCCACAGCCACAGCCAGGCACUCAGCCCCGCAGCAGGUCAGUCAGUGGGAAGCGAGUGUGCUCCUACUGUAAUAACAUUCUGGGCAAAGGAGCUGCCAUGAUCAUCGAGUCCCUGGGUCUUUGUUAUCAUUUACAUUGUUUUAAGUGUGUGUCCUGUGAGUGUGACCUCGGAGGUUCUUCCUCAGGAGCCGAAGUCAGAAUCAGAAACCACCAACUGUACUGCAACGACUGCUAUCUCAGAUUCAAAUCUGGACGGCCAACCGCCAUGUGAUGUAAGUCUCCAUAUGAAAGCACUGUUGCAGAUAGAAGAAGAGGUGCUUGCUGCUGAUGUAGAUCUAUAAAUAUGUGUCUGAUGUCUUUUUUGCUCUUUUUUAAAAAAGAAUAACUCUUCUUCUUUUUUUUUUUGCCUUAUUAGAUUAUGUAGGACCAUUGUAGUCUUGGUAGACCCUAUAUUUUUGUUUGUUUAUUUAUAAGAAGGUAAUUUUGUGUGGGAAAAAGUGCAGUAUUUACUUUUUUGAAGAUAGCAUCAUAAAAGCACAAGGGAAAAAAUAAGAACUUAAAAAUAUUUUUGAGGCUGAUGAUGAUCAAGUUUUGACUAUUUAGUGGUGUUUUGAAGAGGGUAUUUUAUUGUUUUUUUUAAAAAGUUCUUAAAACAUUAUUUGAAAUAGUUAAUAUAAAUAUAUAAUUGUACUUGCUCUGUUUAUUGUAUACUAAGUUAAUGUGGAAACAYAUGAAAAUUUUCAUUUAAAUCCAUCCCUAAAUUUGCUUUCUGUAUCCUUUUUUUCCAUCUAUGUAAUAUGAUUGAAAGAAAUUUUUAGCUUAUGUAACAUUUUGUUUUGCUUGAUGAGGAGAGCUCAGUUUUCUUCACCAGAACUGUUGCUAAGCAAUUCAGUAGAAAGCUGCUUAUUUUCGCUAAUGAAAAAUAACCAUGGAUUGUAUCCUAGAAGUUUUCUUCAGAACCUAAUGAGCCUUUCUGUUCAGCUACAUUUGUAAAUAAACUUGCUGAUGCA